CCAUCCCUAGCUAAACUGAAAUGCUGAAAUUGAACAUCGAAAUUGAAAGCAGCGGCCGUGCAGCAAUUGCAAUGCGUGCAAUCAAUCCCGUUAACAAUAAAUUGGCGCAGAGCAGCCAAUAGGCAUCAGAUCGGUAUUGCAAUUGGUAACAGGAUCGGGAGUCGUGAAUCAAAUCGGAGGAAAGCAGCCGACGAAAGAGGCAGCGAAAGCUGUUGCCUCUCACCUGAGUCUCUUGCCCCGAAAAUGGAAUCGUCCAUUAAGCUUAAGGACAGCAACUCCAACUGCAGCUCCAAUUCGAAUGGCAAUGUGGGCGGUGGCGGGGGCGGAGGUGUGUCAGGAGGCGGAGGUGGCGUUUGCGUGUCCAGCAUUUGCAGCAGCGACAGCUUUAGCAUCAUGCCACCGCCGCAUCACGAACUGGUCAGUGCCAACAGCAUCGAGCUGAAUGCGGCUGCAUCCUUGAGCGAUGACAGCGGUGUUCCCCUGACCACCAACAGCUCCAUCUCCAGUGGAGACUCCUAUCGUCUGGGCAUGUGCAAAUUCGAAAUUGAGAUGGUGGAGAGCGAUGGUGAGGUUUCGCAGUUCGAUUCCCUGGACAAUUGCUCCGAGGGCGGGAUGAGUGCUGAGAACUUCAAUACGCUGAAAAAGGGACCGCUGGCACCCAUCGAUCCACCGCCCGAAUUCCAGGAUUCGCCACAGACCACCCUGGUACGCUCCAUCUCCAAGAAUAUUGUGAACAGUCUGCGUCGCUGGACCUCCUCGCAAUCGUCAUUCGAGCACCUGAAAGAUGAUUCCGCCACCAUGGUAAGCGGCCUGGCCACGGCUGUCCUGCCUGAGGAACCGCAUCCGCCCAGCCAAGAGUUGGUACUGUUGCUGGCAAAAGCUGAGUGCAAGCUGGACGCCUUGGAUGGCCAAGCCUUGGGGCAAAUGAGCCUCAAGGAAUCCUAUGCGAUCAACAAGCACCUGUACUCGAGCGAUUCCAUACUGAAUAGCCACACGGACAACAUUUACGACGAGCCCAACAAUAUUGUGAGCAGUUCACUGGGCAACAGCGUCGACCUGCUGGAGGAUGAACAAUCGGAGGCCAGCAGCUGUUCACCGCUGCCAUCGCCGCCGCCGCCCGUAUCCAUAGUUAAGAUCAAGCAAACGCUGUGUCCGUAUUACCAGGAUCAUACGCGCUAUUUUAAGGCCAUACCCACGGAGCAGGACAAUAUAGCCAGUGCCAAAGCAGCGGCUGCCCAACAGAGAUUCAACAGCGCUGGCCUGUCGGAGAUCCAUGACUACGACUUGUACUACGGUGCCAGGCGACAGCCGGUGGACAACAGCAGUCUGCAGCGACGUCAGGCUUCGCUGUACAGUCCCCUGGGCCAUACCAGCCAUUGUCACUACCACCACAGCCAUGGUCAUGGGCAUGGAAGCCAUCAUCACCAUCACCACCACCAGCCGGGUUACGGCUACAGCCAUGGCCAGCGGCCCAACUCGAGAAACUCGCUGAACAGUCGUCUGAGCAGCUCGCACAACUCACUGAAUGUCUCGUCGGCCAACAAGCCGGAUGACUCUAUCUUCAUCACCCAGGCCAUGUCCCAUGAUGCACUGUUCACGCGCGAGAUCUCCGACUUCUACAACGUGCCCAUCGACUCCGAUAUCUAUGCUUUCCCUGUGGACAUGAUCGAGCAGCAGCAGCAGCAAUUGGUGGAGGAGCAGCAACAAAAGCCCACGGCUCCCACAUACCACAAGGCGAGCAGGCGAAACAAGCGGAACAAGCGCAAGCAGCGCUAUGCAGGCUCGGGAACGGGAGCCGGGACGGAGACCAGCGAUGGAGAUGGUGAGAAGAGCAAGCAUGGCAAGUACCGCACGCCCGUGGGUGCCGGAAUGGGCCAAGUCAGCGAAUCAGAACCGCUGCAUAUGACACUGGACGAGGUAAAGCAGUUCUAUCACACCCUCUACUCGGAUGCCGGUAAGCCCACGCCCAAGCCAAUGGUUAAGUCGAGUAACGAGACCAUUUGGAGUGUAUCGACCAAUACCACCACCACCACGGCGAGAACGCGGAGCAGUGUGGGCACUACUCGAGCAGGAGGUGGUCCGCCAGGAGCGGCCAAUGGGGCUGGAGGAGCCAGCAGUGAUGGUGGCGUUGGUGGUGGUGGUACUUCUGCCGGUGGCAAGUAUCUGAGCAAGCAGAACAAGCACAAUCUGGACAACGAUAAGCUCAACAACAACAAUAACAACAACAACCAUCAGCCAUCGCAACAGCAGCUGGAGAAGCCACCAACGGAGCACCACAACCACAAUCAGCACCAGCCGCCAAACAACAAGCACGUCCUGCACUCUGAGAAGAAGUCACAGUUCACGCUGAACCUGAAGCAGCGUUUCUGCAGCAUCUUCCGCUUCCGGCGGAGCAAUCACAGUCGUUGCCGCGGGUCGGGUGGAAACCAAACCGGCACCCUUGCCAAUGUCAAUGCGAAUGCAGCGGCAACAGCGCCCCUGAUUCCGCCAGCUACCGUGAUAACCAGCGCUCCGGGGGUAGCAGGACAAACCCAGCUGGCCACCGAACUGAACGGUGUUGGCGGAGGAGGGGCGUUAAUCACGGCGGAAGCGGACGAACCUAAUGCCGAUCUGCGCAAGAAGUUCCAGUCCCGUGCCCUGCCACCACUACCAAAGAAGGCAGCAGCCUAUGCCAUUGAAGCCAUUAAACCGGAACCAGAGGAGCUAAAGACGAACGUAGUCCAGGAGCCUCGGGCACUGCAGUUCACCUCCAGCAUUGAGAAAGUUAAAGACUAUGGCUGGUACUGGGGUCCUCUGUCGAGUGAGGCGGCUGAGAAGGUGCUCUCCAGCGAACCGGAUGGCUCCUUCAUUGUGCGCGACAGCUCCGAUGAUCACUACAUCUUCUCGCUGAGCUUUAAGCUGAACAACUGCGUGCGCCAUGUGCGCAUCGAGCAGGAUCAGGGAACCUUCUCCUUCGGCUCGUAUGCCAAAUUCAAAUCGCAGACCAUCACCGAGUUCAUUGAGAAGGCCGUCGAGCAUUCGCGGAGCGGCAGAUAUCUAUUCUUUCUGCAUCGUCGGCCAGAGCACGGACCAAUGCGUGUGCAAUUAACCAAUCCAGUAUCUAGGUUUAAGCAUGUACAAAGCUUGCAGCACAUGUGCAGAUUUGUUAUACUAAAGGCGGUUAUACGAAAGGAUCUAAUACAGACAUUGCCAUUACCGAGAAGACUUCUAGACUAUCUUAACUAUAAGCACUGCUACUCCGAGCAGGUGGAGAGCGACAGUUCGCAUUCGCAGAUAUCUGGCGAUGGAACGAUGUAGGAUGAGGAAUAAAGAUCAGAGACGAUUCGCUUGUGACAACAAAACGUAAACGAAAGCAACAGAAAUUAUUACCUUAAAUAAGUAGUAGAAUUUAACGAAACAUUAAACAACAGUAACAAAGCAAACAAACAAACAACCGUUAAACGUUCUGUAUAACAAGAACAGCAAAAAAAAAAAACAAAAACAAAAACAAAAACAAAAACAAAAACACCAAACAAAAACAAAAGUUAUAAGAGUAAGCAAAGCGAGGAAAUUGUUAGUUUUGCUAAAAAAAAAAAGAAAAAGAAAAACGAAAAACCAGAAAAACCAAGGAAACAAAAUUCAAAACUCUGUUUAUUGAUCAUUUUUUUGUACUCGGUGCUAUACUAUAAAUAUUAACUAUUUAAUGAAAGGAACGCAGAAAAGUAAAAACGAAAAACAAAAAACAAAAACAAGAACAGAAUAUGACGAUUAUAUAAAUUAAUUAUGCGUAGUCAAGUAAAACGAAAAACACCCAGAAUUGUACAUAAGAAUAUGUUUGAGAGCCAGUAAUCCAAGUCCCACCCACAACCACAACCAAAAACCGAAACCGAAACCAGAACUGGAAGAACCACAACCCCAAAAUAUCCUCCUCCUACUUAUCUUCCCCUUUGGGCACGAAUCAGAGAGAGAAGGAGACAAGGUCGUUGAUGUUUUGUGUAAUCAAUUAAUUACUUUUAUGCUUGCCUUUUAGCUGUGAUUUAAAUAAGUCGUCGAAUGUUAAUUGGAAGACGAUUUGCAGUUUGAUAUUUAAUAGAUUUGAUAUAGCCUAGCCCCCGAUAUAGUUGAGGUUCUGUUAUGACUGCUUAUGGCUGCUCAAUCAUUACAACGUGCCCGUGCCCAAAGGUCAAAGCGAUCCUUCAUGCAUCAAGAUCGAAGAUGUAAUAACCAUUAUUAUUAUCAUUGUACUUAGUUUAAUCCAUGUCAUGUACUCAAAACGAAGGUUAAUCGAAACUUACACACACACACACAGAUAAAUGGGAAACCAACGACCAUUAUUAACUUGUAUUUAGAUUUAUUUGAAUUGUUAACUAAUUUUUGUUUUCGGCUUUGUUAUUUAUGUUUUAAGCUCAACUCUUUUUGUACACACUAUUGCUUAUGGUUUUGUUUUUAGUUCUUAUCCUUAUAUAUAUUAUAUAUAUAUACAUAUUUUUUUUUUUUGAUCGUAAAAUUAUACGUAUACGAUGUAAGUGAGCCGCCACCAAUCCAACCCAAUUAAAUCCAAUCCAAGCCAAGCCAAAUUCGAGUCCGUCUUUGGACUCCGCUCCUCUUUUGAACAUUAAACAAACAAUAUUUGUCUAUGGAAAUUAAAAUAAACGAAUGACGAUAGAAAUACAAAGCAAUGCAGAUGAUAAGAGAGUGCGGGGGAGUGGAAAAGUGGAAAAGAAAACGAACGGUCACAGCAAAUGAGCAAAACAACAAAGGCAAUAUAAAGAACAUUUUUAAUAAUAAAAAUUAAACA